CGUGGGGGCGGUCAGAGGGGCUGCCCUUUCCACCUCCAUUCACACUCUGAAAGGCUGAUGUUGCGUCUUUCUCUCUCAUUGUGCACUUUCGUUCGCUUAUUUCGCUGUUCGGGGGGAAAUGGAACCUGAAUGAGAGUUUGCCCAUUGUUGCAAGAGUUUUGUUUUGGUUUAUCAAGGCAGAAAUUUCAUGCAAUCCAACUGCAUUUUUGCACGCGUUUUGAUGGGAUAUAUUUUGUUCAGCGCAUGGGAGCUCGUCUUGAUCCUUUGGAUUGCUUCAACUCUCCUCUCUGCGCGCAGAAAACUCACUUCCACAAUGUUUACGCACAAAACGGACGACCACUUUUAAACACCGAUAUUAUUCCGAAUUCAAAGAUCUAAAGGAGGAAUGGAUUUACUCGGUGGGCGACUCGUGCAAAAGAGCAAAAAUGCAUAAAAUCCCUCUGCAACUUUUGCAAGACAGAUGCAUUCAGGAUCAAAGUUCGCCUAAUGCACCCAACUCAAAUAUACUGGGAUGGAUACGUGCGUAUUUGUGGAUGCUCUUGAUUUGCGAACUAUCCGAACUUUCUUUGUGUGCAAGUGUUGCAGGAUCCAAAGUUGCACACGAAGGAUUUUGUCCAAACAAGCUGAAUUCCAAUCUGUGGGUUGACGCGCAAAGCACCUGCGAGAGAGAAUGCAACGUGGAUGAGGACUGCGCUGACUUUGAGAAAUGCUGCACCAACGUGUGUGGUCUCAACAGCUGUGUGGCUGCACGCUUCUCCGACGGCACUCCUGCCCAGCCGGACGGGCGGGGUGGUGGAGGAGGAGCUGCAGAAGAUGCGCCCGUCUCCACGGCAACCUGCGAGGGCUUCAUCUGCAGCCAGCAGGGAGCCACCUGCGACAUCUGGGACGGCCAGCCCAUCUGCAAGUGCCAGGACCGCUGUGAGAAGGAGCCCAACUUCACCUGCGCCUCCGACGGCCUCACCUACUUCAACCGCUGCUACAUGGACGCGGAGGCCUGCAUCCGUGGCGUGACUCUCACCGUGGUGGCCUGCCGCUUCUACCUGGCCGGGCCCCACACCAGCCCGCUGCCUCAGGACACCACGGCCAACCCCACCCCGACAGCCUCCCAGGAGGAGCCCAUGCCCCCCACGCUCUACUCCAACCCCCACCACCAGUCCAUCUACGUGGGAGGCACCGUCAGCUUCCACUGUGACGUCAUCGGAGCCCCCAGGCCUGACGUGACGUGGGAGAAACAGAGUGAACGGCGUGAGCAGCUGGUCAUGAGGCCGGACCAGAUGUACGGCAACGUGGUCAUCACCAAUAUUGGCCAGCUUGUCAUUUACAACGCGCAGGUGUGGGAUACAGGUAUCUACACCUGCAUCGCGCGCAAUUCUGCAGGAGUCCUCCGUGCAGACUACCCGCUGUCCGUCAUCCGCCGGGCCGAUGAUGAUUUCUCUGAGGACCCUGAGAUGCCCAUGGGGCGGCCCUUCUCUCCUGCAGACUGCCUGGCUGAGGUGGACCAGAGAGUCUGCAGCGGGGAGCGCCACGUGGACUGGUUCUACGACAGCAAGCUGGGCUCCUGCAUGGCCUUCAGCAACGGAGGAUGUGACGACAGCCGCAACCGGUUUGAGACUUACGAGGAGUGCAAGGCCUCCUGUCAGAGGGAGGGGAUGGGGGUCUGCUCCCUGCCUGCUGUGCAGGGCCCCUGCAAGUCCUGGGAGCCACGUUGGGCCUGGAUUGCCCUCUUGAAACAGUGCCAGCCCUUUGCAUAUGGUGGCUGCCAUGGCAACGCCAACAGCUUCAGCACCAAGAAGGAGUGUGAUGCAAACUGCCCACAAGCCAAAAAGAAACCCUGUAAGAGCUGCAGGGUGAAAGGGAAGAUGGUGCCCAGCUUGUGCCGGAGUGACUUUGCUAUUGUUGGGCGUCUGACGGAGCUGGUGGAGGAUCUGGACUCUGGCUUGGCCCGCUUUAGCCUGGAUGAGGUCCUGAGAGAUGAGAAGAUGGGGUUGACUUUCUUCAACACAAAGCACCUGGAGGUGACUAUCGCCAAGAUAGACUGGAGCUGCCCCUGCCCCAACAUCACCAUGGAGGAGAACCCUCUGCUGGUGAUGGGCGUGGUGCAGGACGGCAUGGCCAUCAUCCAAUCAGACAGCUACGUCAGAGCCAUCACUGAGCGCAGGCUCAAGAAGCUGCGUGACGUUGUAAAAAAGAAGUCCUGUAAGGUUUCGUAGGAGGAAACGCUGAAAACAAACCAAGCAGCAGCAAAGUGCGUGUUGCCACAUUAUUACAUUUGGUAACACUUUACAAUAACCAUCAUUUAUAAAUGGUAAACAGAUAGUUUAUUAAUGUUUAAUCAUCAUUUAUAAACUGUAUAAAAGUUAUUAAAUAUCAGAGUUUCUUGUUGCAGUUCUGGGGCUGGAUUCACGAAGCAUUCUUAAGGGAAAAAAAGCUUCUUAAGUGCCACUUUUUUUUUCUUAACUUUGUUCUUAAGACAGAAUUUAAGAAGAUUUGGUAUUCAUGAAGAAAUUCAGUAACACUUUACAAUAACCAUCAUUUAUAAAUGGUAAACAGAU